AUGUGUCGAGAUGGAAAGUUUCAGUCCCCUAUAGACAUCCAACCACGUGACCUCCUGUACGACCCUUCCCUUACCUAUUUGAAUAUACAAACCAAAAAGAUUACAGGCAACUUAACGAAUACGGGACAUGAUAUAACGCUCCAUAUUGAUGAUACGUACAUCAAACUACUGAAUGCUUCCAUGGGCCCUCUCCAAUACAACUACCACAUCUAUCAGGUCAAAGUUCACUACGGUCGUGAGGAGAAUAUGGGAUCAGAACAUACUAUAGACGGACAACAAUUACCAGCUGAGAUACAGGUGUAUGCAUACAAUUGCGAUCUUUAUAGCAAUGCUUCACAAGCGAUGGCUUCACCAAAGGGAAUUGCAGUUUUCGCUAUUUUUGCGGUGUUUGGAAGCCCAGACAACGAAGCAUUUAGAUUAAUGUCAGCGAGAAUAGAAGACGUCCUGUUAAAAGGUAAAGUUAUUUCCCUCACCGGAAUUCCAAUAGACAUACUAUUUCCUGACACCAAUCAUUAUGUGACAUAUGAAGGAUCCUUCACCCAACCUGGUUGCCAUGAGUCAGUCACUUGGGUCGUAUUUAACAAGCCAAUCAAAAUUCAGAAGUGGCAGUUGGAAACAUUUCGUAACAUCAAACAAGGCGGGGAGGAUAACUCGGAUUUAAUGCUAGAAAAAAACCACAGACCAACUAUGCCUCUUAAUAAUCGUGUAGUUCGAACGAACAUAAAUUUUAAUGUUCCGACCGAUACGUGUAGUAUGAAGAUACGAAGAUUUUAUGGAGUAAACAGUCAAUUCAGUUUGUAG